AUCAUCAUUACUAGUACAUUGAGGAGUAUCAUCCACUAGCUGAGAUUGGUCAAGUUUAUAAUUUCUCCUUCAGUCCCUCCAGUGGUUUUAUUGAACUAUUGUUUGAUGAUUCUUGUGAAGGAUGGACUGUACAACCAUUAGUUGAACCAUGUAGAUUGUAUCAAGAUGACAUUGACAGAUUUGAUGAAGCUACUUAUCCUCUUCCUCCAUCUUGUCUGGUAUCAGUACAUGGAUCACCUGAUGCUGUUCCUACACUACACUACUCAGUACCACUGGUGGGUGUGGCUGAACCUGUUACAUUAUGUGUUGAUAGAAAACUUCAGCUAGAAAAAGAUGUAUUAGAAGUUAUUGCCAGUCAUAAAGCUACUUUUGAAAAAGAAAAAGAUAGAGGCAUUGCUGAGUCAAUGAAGAAGUUAUAUGAAUCACUAAAGAAACAGUCAAUACUAGCUAAAGAAAAGCAAGAGCUUUCAGAAAGAUUGCUAGCAUUGAUAAAAGAACAAGAAUUACCCAAACAACAAGGACCUGAUGACAAAGAAGAACAAGAACUUAAAUCUGAGCUUCAAGAAACUAAAGCUAUUCUUGAUAUAUAUAUUUCUAAACAGCAGGAGCAAAAAGCAGUUGAAGAAACACUAAAAACUGAUAUAUACUUAAAAGACAAAACAAUUGCAGAUCUUGUUCAGGAAAAAUCUCAGCUAUCAAAGGAAAUGUCUCAGCUAUUAGAAGAAAUCAGUGAACUUAAAACAGAAAAAGAAAAUGGUAAUCCUCAGCUUGUUAAUUUCAUUUUUUUGGUCAUAGAUUUCACCUCAAAAUUGAAAGAAAUAAAUUCAAAUAAUGAAAAAAUACUCUCAAGACAGGAAGAAAUACAAACUAAAAGUCAAGAUCUUAUGACUAUACUAACUGACAGUGAUAGAAUUAUAUCUGAGCUUUUUGUUAAAACUGAAGAAACUGAAAAAGAUUUUGAUGAACAACUGCAGAAAGACGACCGAGCUGAGAAGCAAAGGCAACUUCAGGAGAACAUUAGUACAGCACUCUCUGUUCAGCAGGAAUCAAUGAAAGAAGGUAGUGAUUUGAUGCAAGAAUUAUCUGAAAAUAAUGAUCUACUGGAAAAUGUGAUAGAAUCAUCAAAAUAUUUACAGAAGAAACAUACUACAUGUACAUAUGCUGGUCUGGUUUAUUAUGAGGAACAUGGUGUAGAGAACCUGGUGACUUUCACUGCUGUUAGGAAAUUAGAUGCUCUUCUUGAGUUUAUUAAGAAAAAACAUCCACAAGCUAAACUAGGACCUCAUGUUUACUUCCGUAUUGCAUCUCCUGAUGGUUUUGUUGAAUUGGAUUUUAAUGCUCCACAAGAUGAGCCAUUUACUGGAUGGAGUAUUGAACCUCACACAACACCUUGCAGAUUGUAUCAACGUGAUAUUUACAAUUUUGGUGAUAAAGAUUAUUCUCUUCCUCCAUCUUGUCUGGUAUCAGUGUAUGGGUCACCUGAUGCUGUCCCUACACUACUGUACUCAGUACCACUGGUGGGUGUGGCUGAUCCUGUUACAUUACACAUUCAUGUAUCACGAAGAAAUACUCCUAUUGCAGUUGGUGCUGCUAGUGCAGGUAGCAGCACUCAGUCAGUAAAAAGAGAAAGAGGCUUUGAUAUUAAAACAGCUAAACAAAAGAUCAAACAAGUUAUGAUUGAGAAUCACUCUGAUUUUGCAGACAUUUUGGAGAGUUCUCUUAAAGAAAUUGCUAACAAACUAUUUGAAGCUAAAAUUGUUACCCAGCAAGUUCAGAGGUCACCAACUUAUGAUGCCAUAGCCUAUAGUUUCCUAGCUAUAAUGAAUUUAUUCGAUUCUAAAUCCGACCUAGAGAAGCAUUGUGUGAAGUAUCUAGAGGCUCUGUCUAGUGUUGGGGGACAAGUAGAAUUUGCUGCUAAUCUCUUGAGGGAAAAAUGGACAGCAGCUCUGGAGGGAACACUUCAGUUUGAACAGUCUGUAAAAAGAGUAGAUGAUAAUAUAUAACUGAUGUUAUUUAUGCGGUAGAAAAUUUUUGUGCUUCAAAAUUGUGCUGUGAUUUAUAUUUUUUACAUAAAAUGCAUGUAGCAUGUAAUA